AGACUUGGAUGCUACACCUCUAUUAGAUUGACCAAACCCAAAGCCGAAACUUCGACGCCUGGGGCUGGACUGGUCUGGAAGUCCAGGAAUAAGUUCCAAUUAAAUCCGUACUCUCUUUUUCCAAACGAUGCCCCUCCUCGCCAACAUUCGCGUCUUUUUUCUUCCUGCAAUCGGGUGAAAAUUCGUUGAUUGCUAUGAUAUAAAAAUUCAACGACAAGAAUGUUUUCUUCUUGUCCCUUUUGUCAUAUGACUGUUCCCUUCACUGAACUGGAAUGUUGAUGCUUGUUUCAUCAUGGAACACAUACAGGCAUGCCAACAAUCACUUUGUAGAGGACGAACUUGAAAGAGACAUGGCAUUGGCACAACAACUUGCGCUAGCUCCACCAAGUCCUAGAAAGAGGGAUAAGCCAGCGAAUUAUGGGGAACCAUUUGUUGUUUGUUCCGGAAGAACACCAGAAACAAGCAUUGACCAUAGUUCAUCUGCAUAUAGGAAAAUUCUUGAUGAAGAAAUAUCUAGUUUGGUGGGUUUGCAAAUUAGAAGCACCUUCUAUGAGGUUGAAGGUGGUCUUAUGGCUUUGUUGAGGAGAUGCUUGGAAUUAGAAAGUGAAAAUUCAAGAAGCAUAGUAUCAGGCCACAUAGAUCACUAUCAGAGUAUCGAGUCAGAAGAUGCUGGUUGGGGCUGUGGAUGGCGUAAUAUUCAAAUGCUUAGCUCUCAUUUAUUAACACAGAGACAAGAAGCUAGAGAUGUUCUGUUUGCUGGUUCAGGAUUUGUUCCUGAUAUUCCCUCACUGCAGAGGUGGCUUGAGAUUGCUUGGGAAAGAGGUUUUGAUACUUUUGGCUCAAAGUCAUUUGACCAUAAAAUUUAUGGCUCUAAGAAAUGGAUUGGAACUACUGAGUGUGCCACACUCUUCCGUUCUUUUGGGCUUCGAGCAAGAAUUGUAGAUUUUGACACUACAGCCUUGUCAAAGCAACUAAAUAAUGGAGAAUCUAAAGGAAAAAAGAUAGAGAAACAAGUUUAUGGGCCAAUGGAUAAGUUUUUGCUCCGCACAAAGUGUGAUGAUUUUCAAGUAGGUCCUUCGUCAUACAAAAAUUCUUGGCAAGAACGUCAUUAUUUAGCUGGACAUCCCAAAGUUACUACGAUAAAUGGUGAUGGUUCCAAUAAAUAUAAAAGGAAGAUCAAUGGUCAUGACGUUCUUGUUGAUUGGGUCUGGAACUAUUUUAGAAGUGAUAUUGGCGACAGAUUGGGCAAUUCUGAACAUGUCCUUAUCAGUAAUAAAACCAGGCCUUUGUACUUCCAGUAUGACGGCCACUCACGAACUAUUGUCGGGAUUCAAAUGCAAAGGAGAGUGCAUGAAUCACAAAACCAAUUCGUUCUCUUGGUUUUAGACCCUGCCCAUAGAACAGCAGCUUUAGAACGAUGUCUUAGAGAGAGAAAUGGAUGGCAGCAGCUGAUAAAAAGAGGGGUUCAGACACUGAAAAUGCCCCAGUAUCAGCUGUGCUAUGUUGAUCCUGGGGUUGCCAAUGGAGAAGAGAUGGAGCAGCUCAAGACUAUUGAUAGCAUAUUAAUUAAAUUCUAGGAGGAUGAUUGUUAAGAAAAUGAAUGCGUGGACCCAUCUAAGGUGAAAAACAGCUGGCUAUCUAACACCAUCUUGUGCUUAAGGAAGACAAUGAUAAAUGAUCAAAUGUCUAACAGAUCUGCCCUGCUGAAUGAUGACAGCAGGUUGUGGACUAUUUGCUGAAAGGAAGACUUCUAGCCUGGAUCAGCUACCUCUUCCCUUAAGAAUGCAGUUAAUGUGACGAUUUGCUGAGUGGAAGACUUCUAGCCUGGAUGAACUCUUAAGGACUGGUGCCAAGGUUCAUUUGAAGGAGUUUAAUUAAUUCAUAAUAAGUUAGAACCUCAAAGUUGCUUUGCAAAAUGAGAAUGCUUUUGCAUUAUGCUGUGGCAGUCUCCUUUCUUGGUGUUACCAAAUGUCUAAAGCAUGUCCUUCUAUGUUUCCUUUCGAAACAAGUAAGGCAGUAUUUCUAAUUGACAGCUUUCAGACUAUCUAGUGCAGCAUGGACUUCAACAACGGCAAAGUGUUGAUGGUCAAAGUAAAGAAAGCGAAAGAGAGGCCUGUAUUGGCAGAUUGAAAUGGCAAAAGUUCAAAUUUCUACAAA